GAGCAAUUUCUACUGUCUGCGCUGCUCCUGUUCAUUCAGCUGUAGACAGUUGAAGGCGGACGAAAGGACGCGGAUGCAAUCGACCAGACAUUUUGCUGUGGAAAUUUGGCUCAGGUUUUUCAGCUAGACCAAGCAUUUGCUCCUCAGCCCCAGGAAUCAUGGCCAAAGAUGCUGGUCUGAUUGAGGCCAAUGGGGAGCUAAAGGUUUUCAUUGAUCAGAACCUGAGUCCUGGCAAAGGUGUGCUGUCUUUAGUGACUGUGCAUCCACAGUCAGUGGCAGUAGGAAAACAGCUGUUGCCAAAAACAUUGGGCCCUUCCAACGUGAACAUUGCACCACAUUUGGUCAUUAGCACACCUCAAAGGCCAAGUGGCUCAAAUGUGAUCCUUAUGAACAGCCCACACACACCCAACUCUCAGUUUAUCACCCAGAGUCAACCAUCAGAAGCCUCUCCAUGGUCCUCAGGAAAGAGGGGUAAGAAAGGGGAGAAGAAUGGGAAAGGCCUCCGGCAUUUCUCAAUGAAGGUUUGUGAGAAGGUCCAGCGAAAGGGCGUCACAACCUACAAUGAGGUUGCAGAUGAGCUUGUGGCUGAGUUCAGCUCUGGUGAUAAUCUCAUCUCUCCUAAUGAUGCGCAUGUGUAUGACCAGAAGAACAUUCGACGGCGUGUGUAUGAUGCACUCAAUGUGCUGAUGGCCAUGAACAUCAUAUCCAAAGAGAAAAAGGAGAUCAAAUGGAUUGGCCUGCCCACCAACUCUGCUCAGGAGUGUCAGAACCUUGAGGUGGAGAGGCAAAGACGUUUGGAGAGAAUCAAACAGAAACAGUCGCAACUCCAAGAACUAAUUUUACAGCAAAUUGCCUUUAAGAACCUUGUACAGCGGAACCGCCAGAGAGAACAACAGAAUAAAAGGCCUCCACCUGCCAACUCGGUCAUUCACCUGCCAUUUAUCAUCGUUAACACCAGCAAGAAAACUGUCAUUGACUGCAGCAUCUCUAAUGACAAGUUUGAGUACCUCUUCAAUUUCGACAGUAUGUUUGAGAUUCACGAUGACAUCGAGGUGUUGAAGCGCAUGGGCAUGGCCUGUGGUCUCGAAGUGGGCAAGUGUUCUGCUGAGGACCUGAAGACUGCCAGGAGCUUGGUGCCCAAAGCACUGGAGCCCUAUGUCACCGAGAUGGCACAGGGGCCCAUCAGUAGUGUCUACAUGACAGGGGCGCCAUCUGCUAACGGAGGCCGCUAUCAUAUUGGAAGCGACGGGGGGGCAGAUGGCACAAUGGCCUCUAGUUCUAAUGACUCUCACUACAGUGGCUCUCGGGUCGAGACCCCUGUCUCCUACAUGGGUGAGGAUGACGAUGACGAUGAAGAAUUUGACGAAAACGACGACGAAGACUAAGCCGGUCCAUCGUGCAAGUUCUUCCAGCUGCCAUGUCCAGGAGGAUUGAUCAACCAAACUUCCUGUUACUCUUCUGCAACUUGCAGUUUAUUUCCUGCUGGAUAGCAUAGUUUUCAGCUGAAGGACUUUGCUGAAGUUAAGAGGCAACACUCUUGGCCCUGUUGUAGCACUCCGGCUGGACGUUAUCUGCUCUGAAACCUUCCCUCCUGAAGAAAAGCCCUCUUGCAUACAGUUGUGUGCUGUUGGAAAAUGUUAUGUGAUCUCUGUGUGAAAUAGUUCUCUUUGUUUGAAUGAUGAGUUUGUUUUUGAACAUGCUGGCUUGAUUUGCAAUCUGAUGAUUCGGGAUGGCUUCUGCCUUGCAGACUUGUGAAUCGAAGAACCUACAAAGCUGGCUGCUAUUUUUUGCCCCAUAGGGGGCAGGUUUUUGGAUGUGUGGUCUCUUUUUGAAUGCUGACCUGAUGAUUUCUUGCAGGCUUUUUUUGUAGAAUCUCCUCCCAUGUGUGUUUGGCUCCUCAGCGUUCUGCAGAGCACUGCCUUUUUGGAGGACUCUGAGAAGUCAGUCUUUUUGUUUGUUUCUUCUCUUUUGAUUUUGGAGCUUCGUAGGCCAUCUUGUCCUAGAGACACCGGAGGACAUCAGAGAAACUUUCAGUACCUUAGGAAAAUGAAAUGCUUAAUCACAUGAUCUCAAAUCUUCUGAAGAAUAGUUUCUAGUGUCCUCUCCACGUCAGUAAUAUCUUGGAGCGUGUAAGAUUAUUGUUAUGUAUUAAAAAGAAAUGGACUUUAGGUCUCUCUGGAGUUCCCUUUGAAAAUGUCCUUAAAAAAAAAAAAAACUGAAUCCUUGUACUGACUCCUCGAAGUAUCUUUUCUGUAAUCUAAUAUAAGUUUCAAAUUUAAAUAUAUAGAAUGUUUUAAGAACUCAAUUUUGGUGUGUUUAUUUGCGACACUAAUGUAAUACUACUCAUUUCAAUAAACUUUAUUUUAUAUAUUUGCCUUGUUUGACUAGAUUUGCAUUCGGGCAGGAGAUAUGUUACAGAAGUGUCCAUUGUGACUUGCUAUAUUCCAUCUAACACCGUCUUAAAACAGGAUUUAUUUGGACAUCUAGAAAUUGUUACAUCUCAUGACCAUUUAAGGGAACUGUAAAAAGGUGAUUAAAAUUUAGAAGAAAAUAAAUAGAGAGAGAAAUAGUGAUCAGAUACACCGUUUGUCCCAUGGUCAUGGACAACCUAAAACUAUCAGGGAAUGUUAAAGUUGUACUUGUUAGUCCUGGAGGAAUCAUGGAAAUCAUUAACAUUUUAAAAGUCAAUGUAAUAUUUAUUUUGCUCUGCUGUAAAAUAGUUUAUUAACGAGAUAAUGCACUUGGUGCAAUAUUCCCCCACUGAACUGCAUGCAAAUCUCUGAACAUUUUAUAUUGUCAUAUAAGAGAUAUUUUAUUUGUUCGUCAAUGAUGUAAACAAGCCUGAUCUCUUCCAGGCAUGUUCCCUUGUGCAAAAGGUUGCAGUAGACUUGAGCUGUUUGAUAGGGAAACCGUACAAUUAUUAGAGACCAAGAUGGGAACCAAUAUUUCAGUUUUGAUACUCCAUGAAGCUGAUUUGUUGUAAUGAUGAAAUUUUCAAAUGAGGAUUUUUUUCUUUACCUUUUUUCCCCCGGGCGGCAACAUUUAUACAAUGAACGUUAAGUAUUGUUUUAGUAUUGUUGGUUUUAAUUAGUACAUGAGCACAGUUUUGUUAUUGUACAUCCCAAACUGUCCACAAUGUUAUACACAUGAAUAGGUUGUCUGCAAAUUUAGAGAAUGGUAUAAAUGAAAUUUGUGAAUUCUAGUCAUCACAACACUUUUUUUUCUUUCCAACCCAGAAUCAACCCCCUCUCUCUUCUUGCAUUUCUUUUUUUUUUUUUUACGCUGUUUUUAAAAUCUGUAAACAAACUGUCUCAUCCCCUGAGUGACCUUCCCCAUGGAUUUGUCUGUUUCAAAGCUACACUAUCCCUGAGGCUGGAUCUGCCUUGUUAAAAUAUUUUUCAGUAAAGUAUUCAUUG